AGGUAUCUUAGAGUCAAUGUGGAAUUAGAUCAUGGUUCAAGAAUAAGUGUCAGCCCUGAUAUAAGAGCGUUCAUUGUUUCCCUUGGACAAGAAAAUACUAUUCGAGUUUUCAAAAUUGGCAAAAAAGCCGAUGGAUCCGGUGAAAUUACACCUGCCUAUGAUUUUCCAGUGAAACAUAAACAAGAAAUUAUUGCGCUGAACAUUGCGCCAACAGGAAAAUAUAUUAUGAGCUGUUCAAAAGAUACUACUUUGAUCAUUUGGAGUUUGAAAGGGGAAGUACUUUGCCAAAUUGAUACCUUGCAGGUUGUAAAUACAUAUGCAGCGAUAUCACCUUGUGGGAAAUUCGUGGCUACUUCAGGAUUUAUUUCGGAUGUUAAACUAUGGGAAGUCGAGUUUACUAAAUCAGACGAAUACUCUAAGGUUUCGAGGGCCAUGGAGUUAAAAGGACAUAAGGCAGCCGUUUAUUCAUUUAAUUUUUCUGAUGAUGUUUCAAAAAUGGCUACUGUUUCUAAGGAUGGAUUUUGGAAAAUUUGGGAUAUCAGUGUUCAUUACAGGUUAGAUCAAGAUCCGCGUUGUAUGAUGACCGGAAGUUGCCAUACGCAAGGUUUUAGUUUAAUAGCCCUGUCACCAGAUGCGCGAACAGUUGCUAUAGCUUCUGGGACGAGGAUAGAUUUCUUCUUUGCGUAUGACGCAAAAUUAGACGAAAGUAUCGACAAUGUGCAUGCUGAAGUGUUGACCGCAAUAAAGUGGCACCCAUCUUCCAAAUAUUUAGCUUCAUCUGGUGGAAAUGAUAGAUCAAUACGCAUUUGGUAUAAUGCUACUGGUCUCAAAGCUACUAUUAUAGAUUUAACUAGUCGCUUACGGAGAGCAACUUCAGAAACCAUUAAGGUGCGAUUUUGGACAGCAUUAACGAAAUUUAUAACAGUGCAGCAAUAUAAGCUAUGUUUGCCAUGUGAAGCGCUAUUACUGAAAUAA